AUGGCUACUCCCAUCUCUGAAUCGAGUAUACUGCCAGUGCCAUUUAUUGAUCAGGGAUCAGCAACAGCGUUGGAUUUAUCCACUCAUAAAACUCUAAUUCAGCCGCCACAAAUCCAUUCAGCCAUGUACAUGUCAGACCAGGCAUUUCAAGGUGCGAUUUCUGGUGGGCACAUUGAAUUAGUCAAUGUGCUUCUUUUGAAAUAUCCCGACUAUAAUCUUAGACCAACAAAGCGAUCCAUAUCAGAGGCUGUAUAUCGCAAUCACACCAACGUCAUUUACUAUUUACUGGAGCCACGUUUUGGCUUUUCAAAAUUGAGCGGAUUUGAUAGUCUGUUUGAGAUUGCUGGAAAAUAUGGUUGCAAUGAGCUUAUGGACUAUGCUCAAAAACAUCAGAUUGGGAUGGGCAUGUACAGUCUUGAUUCAGCAGGUCAAUUGACUACAAAAAAAACGAUAUUUUCAGCCAAGUGUGAAUGCAUCAAGGCCUUGCGUCACUUGUAUGCUCGGAAUGGACACACUGCAGGGAUCUUGCAAAUGAAGGGAGGAAAACACUUAUUGGACAAGUCAGUAUUGACGGUUGCUGCAGAACACGGGCAGUUGGAUACUAUUCAUACCAUUCUGUGGUACUGGGCACAUCAUCGACCAUCUUUGGGAGUUUAUUCUAGUUUAGAUGCAGUCCUUGCUGCCAUCAAAUCUCGACAUGUUGGGGUUGUCAUGGUUUUGGCGUCUGUCAAGAUUGGCUUACAAAAGGCGGAUCUUGUUCGUGCGCUGGAUUACUCGCUCGAGCAAUGCGAUUUUGGAAUUGUUACCUAUCUUACAGCGACUAUUGCAAGUGGCAGAUAUUGUGAGCAUGCCAGUACUAUUGCUCGUAAAAAUGGUCAUGAUGAUCUAGCAGACCAUUUGGAAUCCAUGGUUGAGCUUUAUUGGUGGUAA